UGCCGCGCGUCGAGCGGGAGCAGAGGAGGCGAGGGAGGAGGGCCAGAGAGGCAGUUGGAAGAUGGCGGACGAGGCGGCGCUCGCCCUUCAGCCCGGCGGCUCCCCCUCGGCAGCGGCGGCCGAGAGGGAGGCCGCAUCGCCGCCCGCCGGAGAGCCGCUCCGCAAGAGGCCGCGGAGAGAAGGUCCUGGCCUCGGGCGGAGCCUGGGAGAGCCCAGUGGGGCGGCCCCGGAGCGAGAGGUGCCACCGGCGGCCGGGGGCUGCCCGGCGGCUGCGGCGGCGCUGUGGCGGGAGGCGGCAGCGGCGGGUGGGGAGCGAGAGGCCCAGGCAACGGCAGCGGCCGGAGAAGGAGACAAUGGGCCGGGCCUGCAGGGCCUAUCCCGGGAGCCGCCGCCGGCCGACGACUUCUACGACGACGACGACGAGGAGGGUGAGGAGGAGGAAGAGGCGGCGGCGGCGGCGGCGAUUGGGUACCGAGAUAAUCUUCUGUUUAGUGAUGAAAUUAUCACCAAUGGUUUUCAUUCCUGUGAAAGUGAUGAGGAUGAUAGAGCUUCACACGCAAGCUCUAGUGAUUGGACUCCAAGGCCACGGAUAGGUCCAUAUACUUUUGUUCAGCAACAUCUCAUGAUUGGCACAGAUCCUCGAACAAUUCUUAAAGAUUUACUACCGGAAACAAUUCCUCCACCUGAAUUGGAUGAUAUGACACUGUGGCAGAUUGUUAUUAAUAUCCUUUCAGAACCACCAAAAAGGAAAAAAAGAAAAGAUAUUAAUACAAUUGAAGAUGCUGUGAAAUUACUGCAAGAGUGCAAAAAAAUAAUAGUUCUAACUGGAGCUGGGGUAUCUGUUUCAUGUGGAAUACCUGACUUCAGGUCAAGAGAUGGUAUUUAUGCUCGUCUUGCAGUAGACUUCCCUGAUCUUCCAGAUCCUCAAGCAAUGUUUGAUAUUGAAUAUUUCAGAAAAGAUCCAAGACCGUUCUUCAAGUUUGCAAAGGAAAUAUAUCCUGGACAGUUCCAACCAUCUCUAUGUCACAAAUUCAUAGCCUUGUCAGAUAAGGAAGGAAAACUACUUCGCAACUAUACUCAGAAUAUAGAUACCUUGGAACAGGUUGCAGGAAUCCAAAGGAUAAUUCAAUGUCAUGGUUCCUUUGCAACAGCAUCUUGCCUGAUUUGUAAAUAUAAAGUUGACUGUGAAGCUGUACGAGGAGAUAUUUUUAAUCAGGUAGUUCCUCGAUGUCCUAGGUGCCCAGCUGAUGAACCACUUGCUAUCAUGAAACCAGAGAUUGUCUUUUUUGGUGAAAAUUUACCAGAACAGUUUCAUAGAGCCAUGAAGUAUGACAAAGACGAAGUCGAUCUCCUUAUUGUUAUUGGGUCUUCCCUGAAAGUAAGACCAGUAGCACUAAUUCCAAGUUCCAUACCACACGAAGUGCCUCAGAUAUUAAUUAAUAGGGAACCUCUGCCUCAUCUGCAUUUUGAUGUAGAACUUCUUGGAGACUGUGAUGUCAUAAUUAAUGAAUUGUGUCAUAGGUUAGGUGGUGAAUACGCCAAACUUUGCUGUAACCCUGUAAAGCUUUCAGAAAUUACCGAAAAACCUCCACGAACACAAAAAGAGUUGGUCCAUUUAUCAGAGUUACCACCAACACCUCUAAAUAUUUCAGAAGAAUCAAGUUCACCAGAAAGAACUUCACCACCAGAUUCUUCAGUGAUUGUUACACUUUUAAACCAAACAGCGAAGACUAAUGAUGAUUUGGAUGUAUCUGAAUCAAAGAGUUGUGUGGAAGAAAAAUCACAGGAAGUACAGACUUCUACUAGAAAUGUUGAGUGUGUUAAUGUGGAAAAUCCAGAUUUGAAAGAUGUUGGUUCCAAUACUGGUGAGAAAGGUGAAAGAACUUCAGUUGCUGAAACAGUGAGAAAGUGCUGGCCCAACAGACUUGCAAAAGAACAGAUUAGUAAGCGGCUUGAUGGUAAUCAAUAUCUGUUUUUACCACCAAAUCGUUACAUUUUCCAUGGCGCUGAAGUAUAUUCAGACUCUGAAGAUGACGUCUUAUCCUCUAGUUCUUGUGGCAGUAACAGUGAUAGUGGUACAUGUCAGAGUCCAAGUUUAGAAGAACCCAUGGAAGAUGAAAGUGAAAUUGAAGAAUUCUACAAUGGCCUGGAAGAUGAUGCUGAUGUUCCGGAAAGAGCUGGAGGAACUGGAUUUGCAGAUGAUGGAGGCGAUCGAGAGGCAGUUAAUGAAGCUAUAUCCAUAAAACAGGAAGUAACAGACAUUAACUAUCCAGCAAACAAAUCAUAAUGUAAUAAUUGUCCAGGUACAGGAAUUGUUCCACCAGCAUUAGGAACUUUAGCAUGUCAAAAUGAAUGUUUACUUGUGAACUCAAUAGAGCAAGGAAAACAGAAGGUGUAAUAUUUAUAUGGACUGGUCAAGUAGAUUUUUUUUUCAUGGAUAAUUUUUUAACUUCCAUUCCUGUACUUGUACACUCAACACUAACUUUUUAAAGAAAGGUACUAAGUAUCUUUAGUCAGCUGUUGGUCAUGACUUUUCUUUUAAAGUUUCAUUUGUAUGAUACAUCUGUAUGUAUGUAUGUAUAAUUUUGUUUUUGCCUAGUGAGUUUCAACAUUUUAAAGUUUUCAAAAAGCCAUUGGAAUGUUAAAUUAAUGUAAAGGGAACAGCUUAUCUAGACCAAAGAAUGGUUAUUUCACACUUUUCUUUGUAACAUUGAAUGGUUUGAAGUCCUCAAAAUAUCUGUUCUGCUGAUCUUUUGAUUCUUUAGCACAAUUACCUAUUUUUAAACACUGGCAUUUUCCAAGACUUAUGGCAGCUAACUUUUUUAAAAUUAAAAAUGACAUGCAAUGUAAGUAGAAAGUCAGAAAUAUUCGGGAGAGCACUCAGUUGUCAUUACUUUUUCAAAGUAAGACUUUGGUGCUAAGAGUUUCAGGAGUAUUGUAUUUAUUGUUCAAUUGAAGAUGGCUUUUGUACUUCCUACAGACAUGUAGUGACGUCUAUAUUGGCUCAUAAAACUAACCUAAAAAAAAAAAAAACAAGUGAAUGCUUUGGAAAUGUUUCAGUUGCUCUAGAAACAAUAGUGCCUGCCUGGAUCUCCUUAGUUUUGAAAUAUUUGCCAUUGUUGUUUAAGUACCUAUCACUGUGGUAGAGCUUGCAUUGAUCCUUUUCCACAAGUAUUAAACUGCCAAGAUGUGAAUAUGCAAAGCCUUUCUGAAUCUGUAAUAAUGGUACUUCUACUGGGAAGAGUGUAAUAUUCUGGACUGCUGUUUUUCCAUUAAUGAAGAAAACAACAGGUCCCUGAUUACAGUUCCAAAGUAAUAAGAUGUUAAUAACAACUCAGCCAGAAAGUACAUGUCUCCUGUUGGGAGGAUUUGGUGUAACAAAUACCAAACUGCUAGCCUGGUAUUAUGGGGAGGAACCUUUAACUUGUAAUAGCAGAAUAGUUAAUGAAUAAAAAACUAGUUAACAUUAUUUAAAAGCUUAGCCUGCCUUAAAACUAGAGAUCAACUUUUCAACUACAGAAGCUUCUCCUAUUUUAUAAAGUCACAGAAAACAUUUAUUUUCCAGACCUUUUUUUGAACAUUACCCCCAAAUUAUAUUCUUAUGUUGGUUUAGUAUUUAUUACAAUAAAGAGGGUUUGAAACAUAGCUGUUCUUUAUGAAAAAAAUACCCAGCUAGGACCAUUACUUCCAGAGUAGAAAAUUAUAUUGAAUGGCCAUUUCCCUACCUAAAAGAUGUCUCAAUCUGAACUUAUUUGGCUACAUUAAAGAAUGCAGUAUAUUUAGUUUUCCAUUUGCAUGAUGUGUUUGUGCUAUAGAUGAUAUUUUAAAUUGAAAAAUUUGUUUUAAAUUAUUUUUACAGUGAAGACUGUUUUCAGCUCUUUUUAUAUUGUACAUAGUCUUUUAUGUAAUCUACUGGCAUAUGUUUUGUAGACUGUUUAAUGACUGGAUAUCUUCCUCCAGCUUUUGAAAUACAAAACCAGUGUUUUAUACUUGUACACUGUUUUAAAGUCUAUUAAAAUUGUCAUUUGACUUUUUUCCUGUUAA